CAUGCAUUGCAACUUCACCACGACCCUUCUGGUCCGCACGCUUCCCACCCUCCUGUCCUUGGAGUUUAUCCUUGGGGCACUGAGCAACGGGCUGGCCCUGUGGAUCUUCUGCUUCCGCCUGCGGCCCUGGAAGAGUAGCACGGUGCUCCUGUUCAACCUGGCCAUGGCUGACUUCCUGCUCAAUAUGAUUCUGCCCUUCCGCGCCAACUACUACAGCUCGGGGGUCAAGUGGCGCUUCGGCCAGACCUCGUGCAACGUGUCACAGUUCAUGCUGGCGCUCAACCGCACCGGGAGCACGCUCUUCCUCAUGGCCAUCGCUGUGGACCGCUACGUCCGCGUGGUGUACCCCCACAGCCGCGUCAACUCCUUGAGCCCUUCUAAGGCCAUGUGUGGGGCAGCCGCCCUGUGGUUGUUCACCGUGUGCUUGACGGCCAAUGCCCUCACCCUGCAAAACCUCCGCUCAGACUACUGCGAGAGCUUCCUGGUGGAGACCUCGGCCAAGGGCAACCGGCUGUGGCACAAGUUAAAUUUCCUGUUUUCCUGCUGGGUGCCGCUCCUGGUGAUCCUCUUCUGUACGGUGCACAUCGUGGGCCAACUGCGGGGGCGGCAGCUGAGCCAGCAUGGCAAGAUUAAGAAGGCGUUGUGGUGCAUUACUGCGGUGGUUGUGCUCUUCGCCGUCUGUUUCCUGCCAAGUAACAUCACACAGCUCAUCAUCUGGAUCAAAACCCAGGAGGCCAUCCAGACCCUGCCAGAGUCAGAGGUGUGCGGAGCCAUGGACAACCUCACCGUGGUCUUCUACAUGACCGUCAGCCUCACGUAUCUCAACAGCGCCCUGGACCCGGUGGUCUACUACUUCUCCAGCCCCACGAUCAAGAACAUCUGCAGGAAGUCCCUGCACCUGCCCCUUGCAGAGACUACCGAAACCAUAGAGAAGAGGACCCGGGAGACCGGAUCACACUCAUGCAGCCAGAUUUAG